UUACCCCGCUGCCAUCGCUCAUCACCUUUGCAUCUUUCAUCGUGGACAACAACAUCUUGAGGCUUUCUUCUAUUAACCAUGGCUACACCCUACCCCGAACUCGUCUGGACUCAGACUUCUCCUGGAACAUGGCAACGCAGCAUCGACGAGGUCGAGGAGUUCUACGCCUCCAUGCCCGUCCUCUACGAGGGCAGCGGCCUCAUGUUCUUCGCCAUCACCGGCCACAUCUCCCUGACCUUUGACACCACCGGUAUCAGCAACUCUUCCGAUGCUGCUAAACGUGUCGACGAAGCCCUCAAGAGUGCCUGGCUGGCCUUACGUCAAGACCAUCCCACCAUCGCCUCCCAAGUCACUCGGGACCUCACCACGGGCAAAUGGACAAAGACGUACCAGCAACUCAAAGACGAAGCCGACCAGCAGUCCUGGGUCAACAAGACUCUCGUCCCCAUCUCCACCGGUCAAACCGGCGUAGAAUGGGCCAACUCGCAACCACCGGCUCCAAAGAUCCCAACCCUCUUCAUCCUCACCCCGCCAUCCACCACCGCCAACCUCAUCCGCCGCGACCUCGUCCUCCGCUCCCCCCACGACAUCAUAGACGGCAUCGGCACCCUCACCCUCCUCAACAACCUCAUCAACCACGCUUCCAACGCAUUCUCCUCUCCAGACACCCCCAGCCCCCUAACCUUCACCGGCUCCGAGGCCGCAAACCUAAGCCCACCCUACCGCAUCGCCGCCAACGUCCCCCCAACCCUCACCUCCGCUCAAACCGCACGCCUAGCCACAAUGGCCGCUCAGAAAUCCGAAGCAAUGAACCCCCCACCCGGCACCCACCUCAUCGACAUGCCCUACCGCCGCGGCAACCUCCUCCCAGGCAGGCACCAACGCGUCGCAAUCACCCUCACAGCAGACCAAACAGCCCGCCUCACAGCAGCCUGCAAAUCCGCCGGCGCGACCGUAACGCACGCCUUCCACGCCGCCAUCGCCCUCGUGGUCCGCGACAUUCAGCCAUCAUCUGCCCGCGGUCCCGAGGCGAAACGCGUGCGGUACGUGAAUUACAUCCUCCGCAACGAGCGCAGCAGCUGCCAGCCACCAUACAACUCCUCUCAACACCCCGCUGCGCUGUAUCAUUCCGUCCCGGGACAAAGUCUCGUCGUCGACAUGGACGCCAACCCAUCCUCGAACAAAGACGAGUUCCUCCCCGUCGUCCAAAUAAUGAAAGACUUCUACCACAGCGUCAAAGACGAUAAAGAACACUACGCCCUCGCCUCCACAAUCUGGGCCGCAGGGAACCCCACUGUCCCCCUCUCCUCCACCCCUCUCCCCGUGCCGCCGCCCAAGGAACAUCCUUCCGUGUCAAUCUCCAGCAUGGGCCGCGUCGACGGCAUCAUCGCCCCCAAGACGGGCGCCAUCGACGCGUACGAUCCGUGGGUGACUGGCGAGGAGCUCGGCAACGGGCUGGGUCUGUUUUUGGGUACGUUCAGGGGCGAGCUGUGUCUUAGCGCUGCGUUCAAUGAUGCUUGGCAUACUGAGGCUGAUGUCCUGGAUUUCUUGAGACGGUGCAAGGAUGUGGUUUUCCGUGGUUUCGGUCUCUCACAAGAGUAA